AUGGACAAACAGCAGCAGAUGGCGCGACAAGAGCUGCCACGGCGGAAGAAGCUGCGAGCGGUAACUGGAAGUGCACCGGCUGCGACAGCUGCUUAUGGCUACACGAGCGAGCAGCAGGAGACGGAUAAGGCACCGGCGGCUGAGCGAGAGGGGGGCAGAGGAGGAGACGAAGGAGAAGGAGACGAAGAAGGAGAGGGAGAGGUAGAAGAGGGGGAGGACGGUCGCGAGACGGCAGACAGGGCGGACCUGACGUCACAGGGUGCGGUUAGGCGACACACGAAGCUGAUGGACUUGGAGCAACAUGUGCGCAACUUGGAGCGGGACAAUUUGCACCUCAAGCAGGCUUUGUUACAAGGGACACCUGGGACUGGACAAAGUGAAUCUGGUGCGGCUGAAACUUUGAGCAACUUUGCCAGUGCUCGACCCGCUGCUGCGCCAGCAUUCCACGCGGCGCCAAGUGCAACUGUGCAAGGGCAGCGCCUCUUGGCCGAGCGCACGAAAGUCGUGACGGAAAUGGUCAAGCAACUCAACGCCGCGUACCUGAGUCUGAGCGACGCGUCUCGCGUGUGGCACAAAGAUUGUCGCAUAGGGGUGGGUGUCCACGAGUGGGACGCGAUUGGCCGCCUCGAGACCAUCAGUCUCUGGAACAUGAUCCGCUCCGUGUUUACAAACGUUGCAGUGGACAUUGUCGAGUUGCGGCCCCAUGUUGCCGACGGCGAGAUGAUCUUGACCAAGUGGCGCAUUCAGGGCGAAGUGGCUUCGGCCCAGUCGCUCGAGACAGUCUGUGCGUCCGAAGACUGUCCGGCUACAAUGCGCGUGGCGCUGUUGGCGAUCAAGUCGUCCGAUUUGACGUUUACGGUCACGACGUACGUGGUGUUUGACGACCUCCACAUUGCCGCGCAGUACCAUAGUUGGGACCAGGUCGGCGUCUUCAAACGGCUCUUUGGGGGCGAGAUCCCGCUCACGGUGCACAAGAUGCUGGUCAUUGAUGCAGAUACCGUUGCGGGGCGCAAGCAACCGCUUGACGUGUAG